CUGCUCCUGCCCCACCAGUGCACUGGACUCUAUCCAAGAGCUGUUCACCUCCAUCUCUGGAGCGGAACGGCAGAGCUAGGCGCAAACCUCACUCAAGGAUUUGUUUUAAAAAUACAUGCCGAUAAAAAUGACUCUCUCCAUUAUUUCAUUAAGGGAUUUCAAACGUGCUUCCUAAGCCCUGAGUCAUCAAUGAAAUGAGCAAGUGGCAGCAGCGCGGCGGCCCUGUGGAACGUGACUCACGCUGCGGUGUGGGGUAUGCACUGAGCACAGGGAUGCUCACACCUCCCCCCCACACCAGGCUCUCCCUAUGGCAUCAGCAGAGCCCUCUGUGGCUCUGGGUUUGUUUUGCCUGUGGAUCUGCAGCUCCCAGAGCUCCCCCCGCCUUGGCAUGUGGCUCUCCUGGCAGCCAGCAGAUCCCAAUCUAGAUGCGUGUGAGACAGCCAGCAUUCAAUGUUGUGUUGUAUAACUGCAGAGAUAAAAACUUCCAUAGGCCAUAUCAAUGCAGGAGAGAUUGAUCUUUCCACCCAGAAUGCAGAGGAGUGUGCCAGGCCAUCUUCUGCUCUGCUUUGGGAACUCUCUGCCUUUCUCAGUCCCCCAGCACAGGUGGGGGAAGCGGAGCUCAUCCCAGCUCCCUGCAUGCCAGCAGCUCUGCCCAGCUCUGCGUGGCCCAUCUGAUUGGUGUCCUCACAGCCCCCAGAAAUGCUGAUCCUCUCCCCUCUCUGAGAUGGCUGAGAUGGCUUCAGCUCUGUCUGCUGAGUGCCAGCAUGUUUCUCUGAAGAUUCAGGCUUUGUGUUCCCAUCCUGCUUCAUCCCACUCUGCUUCAUUAUGGCAAUCCAUCCACUCAGCAUUGUUUCCAUCAGCCACUUGUCCGCAAUUCCCCACCUGUCACCAUCAGCUGAGAUCACCCCACGUUCUGCAGCAGGGCCAGGGCUGUUGGUGCAGAGGUACUGGUGCUGUUGGUGCAAUGGGACUGGGGCCAUUGGUAAAAUGGGGCUGGGGCUGGUCGUACAGCAGGAUUGGAGAUGUUGUCACUGCCCUGGCCGACGCUGCUCCUCACCAAAGGGCUUCCAAUUACAUCCCACAUAGAUGGGAUGCCAGGAGCACAUCCUCACCCCCUGUGCAUGCAGUGGAGAAAGAAAUGAAAUGUGGGGGGAGUUCUGGCUGUGCGCUGUGCACAGACCCUCUCUCUUCUGGGAAGAGGGCAGGGAGGGCUGUGUGGGGACUGUGGGGAGGCACGGGGCGGGUGGGGGUCAGCCAGUGAGGUGCAGGGCAGCCAGGAGCUGAGCCUUGGCUGCUGGCCCUGCUCCAGGCUCGACUCCUUGGACAUGGUGCUGGAAUUCUGCUGUCCCUCCUCGACUGCUAUUUUCUCUUAAUAAGGCUCCAAAUGAGAUGUUUUGGCUAGCCGUCAUUACAGAGCUCCCCGCUUUCUUGUUUUGUUUUUCCUCUCUCCAGAGCUAGUGCCUCGUUGUUCUAUUCCAGCUAUCUAAUACCCCCUGAGUUUUCCAUGACUCUUAAAAACCAGCUGCUCAUCGUGCUUGCAUUAACCCGUUCUUUGCCCUCUGGAGUUGCUGCUGCCAGCUGUGUCCCGGUGCCAGCCGUGUGGCUCUCAGUGUCAGCUGUGGAGCAGCCAGUGACAGCUAUGGGGCCCUUACUGAUCGCUUUUCAUGCUCCCAGUGCCAGCUGUGGGGCUCUUGGUGCCAGCUUUGCCUUUGCCAGCUCUGAGCUACCUUGGGACAGUGGUAGCCAUCCUGCAGAGCUCUGUUGGUGCCAGGCUCUGGCUGUGGGUGCGGAUUCCUCAUGCAUCAGGUGGUGGUGCUGCCACCAGUUCUCCACGAUCCUUGCUGGAUAGUGGAUGAAACUGAAUUUUUGAUGGCUUGGAAACUGCUUUGUAGCCAUAGUUCAGGAUCCAGCACCCUGGGGUUUAGGUGUCAAGUCCAAGGAAGUAAUGAUGUACCCAGUGGGAGUGCUGUGCCCGAUGUACGGGUGCUGUACGUGAGUUUGUGUGCUUUGAGUGAAUGGAGUGAGAAUGAGACGUGUUGGUUGGGGAUGGUCCAAGGAUGUUUUCCUGAGGAAGACCAUGAGGACGGUGCACACAGAGGCUGCAGAUGGGCCUCUGCUUGUGGGAGGCGGGAGGAAGGCUCAGUGGGGAGGAGGAGGAGCAUUGCAACGUAUAGAAGAGACCUCAGUGAAAGCCACCUCGCCUUGGAGAGCUGCUUGGUGUGAGGUGCAGCUGUCGGCUGCAGCACAGCUCCCAUCACGUUGCCCUGCGCUGUUCCUGCCCCGUUCGCACGCCAUCAUCCCAUCGUGUGGGGCUCCAGUGUGCCCACUGAGCUCCGCCCGGGCCAGGGCUUGGUCACAUCCCAGUCUAUAGAACAGAGCGAGGGCAGCGCAGCUCCAGCUCCGCGCUCCCGGUGCCGUAGGUUCGGCUACAGCCUCGGGGCUGGGGGCGGUGGGUGCCUUCAGCCCCAGGGAAAUGUGCCGGGGCACGGCCGCUGCCCAGGGACACUGCGGGACUGCGCUGCCCUGCGCGCCGAGCACCCGGAGCUUCCCUCGGGGCUGGGCAGGGAGCGCUCCGAGUCCCCAUUAGCAUUCGGCCCCGCUUCUGCUUCGGCGCUCGCCUUCGCGAUUGCCUGGCAACCACGGAGCAAAACUACAACAGCUGCCGGGCCCGGCGUGCCUCCUUCCAGCCGACAUACGGCCGUGGUGACGGGGACAGGGAGAGGACGGUGGCACGACCACCCGGUGCCAUCGCCCGGGACCCCGCGCUGGUGGGCUGCGAGGGCAGGGCCGUCCCUGGGAGCGGGAGCAGGAGGAGGUGCGGUGGCUGUGCUGCCGCCCUGGCUUGAGCCUGGGGUCAGCAGACAAGAAGGACUUCUACCAGUCCAAGUCGGAAAGCAGCCUCUCUAGGUUUGCCCACCGCUUGUCGGUGAAGCAGAAGCAGGAGAAGAGAAGGAAAGCUGAGUAUGGCUCGGCCGAGCUGUCUGCCUUCCGGCCCAGGUCUCUGAGCAUUGAAUGGUCAUCGUCCCCUAAAAUGACGCAGCAGAUGCGGGACCUGCAGCUGGCACAGGCCAGGAAGCCGCCAGGCCCAUCCUCACCAAAUGCGGCCAAAAGGCUGUACCGAAACCUCUCGGGGAAGUUCCGUGUCAACUACACAUCCUUCGAUGAGGGCAGCCUGGCGGGACGGGGUGAGAAGGAGAAGCCCCGCAAGUCCUACCUGUUUCAGAGCAAUGCUGCUCUAUUUGAGGCCGUGGAGCUUCAGGACCUGGACAGGGUGCAGGAGCUGCUGAAGCAGUACAGCCCUGAGGAGCUGGAUCUCAACACCCCCAACAGCGAGGGGCUGCUGCCCCUGGACAUCGCCAUCAUGACCAACAACGCGCCCAUCGCCAGGGCUCUGCUGCAGGCAGGAGCGAAGGAGAGCCCGCACUUCGUCAGCCUGGAGAGCCGCUCGUUGCACCUCUCCACACUGGUGCGGGAAGCGGAGCAGCGCGUCAAUGAGCUGACGGCUCAGGUGGUGAACGAGGCUCCCAACACCGACUGCUCGGAGAAGGAGAAGCAGCUGAAGGCCUGGGAGUGGCGGUUCCGGCUGUACAAGCGCAUGAAGGCAGGGUUUGAGCACGCCCGAGUGCCAGACCCUCCUACUAAUGUCCACCUUUCGGUGGCCAGCAGCUCCUCGGUGCAGGUGACCUUUGGUGAGCCCCUCAGUGUCAACUCGGCCGUCGUCACCAAGUACAAGGUGGAGUGGAGCUGCUCCCCCUCCUUCUCACCGCUGGCUGGGGAGGCCGUGGUGGACAAGCUGAAGAGUCUGCACUACACUAUCCGUGGGCUGACCUCGGGCACAGCUUACUAUGUCCAGGUGUCUGCCUACAACAUGAAGGGCUGGGGACCCCCACAAGCCUCGGUGCCCCCAUUUGCCAUCCCUUCCAACUGGCGGGAGUAUGAUGGCCGGGCUCCGAGACGGAGGGGCCAGGCUGAAGCUCUGGACCAUCUGCUGGGCCAGGUGAAGACCGUCCAUCAGCACUGCAUUUGCCACGAGCCCUGCAAGAACCAGCCCCAGAGCAGGAAGCACUCAGUCUCCAGGAGCCUCAAGCACCUCUUCCACCCUGGCAGCAAGUUCCUCAAGACACUGAAGCGGGGCCUCUACCUAACAGCCAUCUUCUACAAGGAUGACAACAUCCUGGUGACCCACGAAGACCAGAUACCUGUGGUGGAGAUCGAUGACACCUACUCCUGCCUGCUCAUGCAGGACUUUCUGUGGUUCACCAAGGUGUCGUGCAUGUGGGACGAGAUCCUGUGGCUGCGGCAGUGCGUCACCGUCUCCCAGUCGUCCUGCUCCUGCAUCCUACAGACACGCUUCAAGAUGCUGCUGGCCAUCUCGCAAAUGCAGGGGCUGCUGGGCAUUCAGGACCUGGGGCAAGUCUUCUUUGAGCCCAUCAAAGACAAGCAGGGCAACAUCCUCAUUGUCACCCUGAAGGAGGUGAAGACCAACCAGACCUUUGAGAGCGUGCGCUGGGUGCCCAUCUGCAAGCUGCAGACGAGCCGCAAGUCUGUGUCCUCCCCGGAGGAGCCCACUGCCCUGGACACACUGCUCAUCUCCGUGCAGGACAAGCUGGCUUACCACCAGCGGAGCAGCCAUGCCCUCCCUCCGGGCCUCUACUUGGGCUACCUGAAGCUCUGCAGUGCUGUGGAUCAGAUCCGAGUGCUCGUGCCAGAGCAGCUCCCCAACAUCCUGUGCCAUGUGAAGAUCCGCUCCAACCCCAACAUCUCCAGGGAGGAAUGGGAAUGGCUGCAGAAGAUGGCCAGCAUGGAGGAACCCGUUUCUGUGGAGUCCGAGAAUGAGACAUCACCAAACCACUUGUUUCAGGAGCUCCAGGUGGCUAUCAAGGAGCUGAUGGCCCUCGUCAACAUCCCAUUGCAAGAGGCGAAAGAUUUCCGUCUGUACAGCCAAGAGGUGCUGGACUUUGGGGGUCAGGUCUCCUUCUUGCUACUGCUGCCUCCCUCAGACGACGUCUGCACAGCACCAGGCCAGAACAACCCUUACACUCCACAGUCUGGCUUCCUCACACUGCCACUGCAGAUAUUCGAGCUGGUGCACUUCUUCACGUACGACCGGGAGUUCAUCACGCAGUACUGCCAGGUGUCCGCCCUCCUGGAGCUGGAGUCCCUCCUCUCGCAGCAGAGCCUCAGGGAAGCCUUCUCUGACAGUGAGCUUUCCACCGCCAAGCAGCGGCACCAGCAGGUUCAGGAGUACAUCCAGCAAAUGGAGGAGAUCUGGCGUGAGAUGCGCUGGAUGAUGGAUGCCCUGCAGCAUGCCCGCUACAAGCAGCCCUCCUGCGGCCUGUCCCUCAACGGCUUCCUCAGCACCUCCAGCGGAGCCAUGAAGGAGAAAACCCACUCCUCCUCAUCCCACCUCGACUUCCUUCCCUCCCCAGCACCCUCACCAGACAGCAGCCGUAAGCUCAGCUCCGACCUGCAUGGGCUCUCGGACGAGGAGGGCUCCUCCGAGGUGUUCCUGGCCACUGACAGCGACUACGACUCCAGCAGGGCGCAGAGCCCCAAGGAGCUCGACCUGGUGUCCUUGGGGCCCGAGUGCUGCGGGCGGCGGGCGGCGCGCAGCCUGCGGGACAGUGCCCCCGAUGUCCUGCAGAGCCACGAGCUGCAGCCCGCACCGCUGGCCCUGCCGGAGCCCCGGCCGCCCCCAGAGCUCUACGACAGCGACUUCGUGCUGCCCAGCCGGCAGAUCGAGCUGCUGCGCGUGACAGAGAAGCGGCAGGCCUAUUGCGUGCGGACCAACAGCCUGGACUUCCCCAAGCCGCUCUGCCCGGUGGCCAGGAAGUCGUGUCCUGGUUCCGUCGACAGCUCCCCGACGGAGAGCAGGACCGGCGGGCACGGCGGUCAGGGCAGACCAGGGACUGGCUCCACGCACAGCCCCGAGCACGGCCGCACGCGCUCGGCCGAGUGGACUCCGAGCUUCCAGGAACCGCCAGAGCAACCCGCUGGGAAGAAGCCGGGCUCUGUCACCUUGCGGGUCUGCCCUCAGUACGAAACCGGACUCUCCAAAGAGACCAGCGUCAAGCUACACGUCACCAGCCAGACGUCGGCCGGCGAGGUGGUGAAGCUGGUGGUGCUGCAGAUGAACGACGUCUCCCACGGUGCGCUGGGUGGCUUGGCCGCCUUCUGCUACGGCGAGGAGCAGCUGGAGCACUUCGGACUGGUGUUUGCCUCCGAGGAGGGCGAGCGGUGGCUGCCCGACGAAGCGCGGCCGCUGGCCCUGCAGGCUGCCCGGCCCGAGGGACGCUUCUACGUCCGCAUUAAGGAGACGUCGCCGCUGGUGCUGCAGUUCGGGCCGGCAACCACCGUAUGAGCACAGCCCAAGGCAGGCGGCGCGUCUCUGAUGCUUCCUUCUUCCACAGACACCCUCCCAUCAGGCGUCCGCGGGGUGGAAUGGGAUCAUACUGGGCUGUGUGUUUCUUGUUGGUGUUUCUUUCUUUUUUCCUUUCUUUUCUUUUUUUUUUUUUUUUAACCAAAGAGACGUCGAGACUCAGUUGUUCUGACUGCAGAAGGCGAGGGUGGAGCGCGAAGACCUCAGAGCUUGGGAGGAAUCUUUGCAGGAAUGGAAUUUUUGAAAGCAAACAUUUUUAAGGGGAAGGCUGGGAGGGGGGUGGAAAAAGAGAGGACAAAAUAUUAUGAGAAGAAGCAGCAAUACUCUUUUUUUAUUAUUAUUUUUCCUCUUCUUCUUUUUUUUUUUUUUUCUGGACAUCCUUGUCCAGGGUUGGCAGAAGGAAGACCUGCAGGGCGCUGCUGGUGGAGGCUGCGGUGUUGGUGCACAGGAACGGCACUGGGAUGGGAGUUUAUCUCCCACCCAUCCUCAUUGCACUGCACCCAGAGAACAGCUCUUGCACACCCUUCUCAGAACAAAAUGCUUUUUUUUUUUUCUUUUUUCCUGAAACAAAAAAAAAAACCUGUGCUAGAGACACUGGAGUUGUGUAGGAGGUGUGGACACUGUUAUUGUUGUAGAGGCCGAAGGAAGGCACGCCGACAGCCCCACACACGUGCAUGGAGCUGUGCCCACACCACCACACUGGGUUUGCUAUGGGGCACGGCUGCAGCACGCCCAGCACCGCCGCGGGACUGCCUUUCCUCCUCGGUUGCCGUUCUGUCCUGGUGAUUGUGAGUGGCCUCUUGUAUGUCCUACAGCAUGACACUUAGCACCUAGGUCUCUUGUUCCCAAGGUUAUUUUUCUGAUCUCCUGUGGUCCAUAGUAAAGGUGACUGCUGCUGACCGUGUACCGCUCUCUCCUUGUGGCCUGAUGGGCAGCGCCUGCUCCUUAACCCUGUAUUACCCCCACGUUACCCGCACUUUCAGUGGCUGGGCUAAUUCUUCCCAGCAGUUUUUAAUGGGAUGCUCCCAUCCCAGCAAAGGUUUGUGUCACUCCACAGUGUGCGUGGGAGCAGCAUUAGAGGUAUUCUGUCCCAGUCUGGUGUUGGAAGCCCGAUGGCUGCAGACAUGUCAUUGAAUGCAUGCCUAUGGUCCUGCAGCCUCCAUGGGGUGAGCGCACAGAGCAGAGCAUGGCCACAUGCACACCAGGGGACACCCAGAUCUGGA